AUGACGUGUCAGCAAUUGGAUUGCAUGCAACGACAUGCUGAAGGACAUGGCGAUUUGUGGCAUAAGCAAGCCAGUAUUUUGAAUGAGACUCAUCAAAAGACUGAUACAACAGCUGCGGUCUGUCGGACAGCUUAUACAAGAGGGGCAGUAGCGGUGGCGGCAACAGCAGCGGCAACUGCGACAAUAGACAUCGCACCGGACACCUUGGCACCCGAUUCCUUAGUAAAUGGUACAACAGCGGCGGCGGGGGCGGCGAUAACGGAGGUGCUGGCAACACCUACAACAGUUAACGCUGAUAUUGCCUGCUCGACUGGCGAUUCAAUUGUAGCAGCUGUUGGUGGUUGUGUACUCGGUGCACCGAUGUUAACUGUAACAGGUGGCAGUGGUGGUGAUGGCAUGCAGGUAGAAAUUGCAGCGACUUCCGCUCUAUGUGCAAAUCGAAGCCAAGUAGCUAAGGCAGCAACGGAAAUGAAAGCAACCACAACAUGCAAUGGCAGUGGCAACAACAAUAGCAACAACAGCAGCAGCAACAAUAGUACAACCAGCAGCAAUAGUAGUCAUGCAAUAGGUGCGAGUAGAAAAAUAAUUACAUCGGCAGCAACACUAGCAACUACUGCUGCAGUUAGAUCAACGGGAAUUCGUGGUGAAGCUGCACAUGCAACUGGAACUGGAACUACGACUACAGCAACAACUAGUGCGACAGCGACGAAACCAAAUGAUUGGGUUGUGAUUCCGGUAUUUGCGGAUAUUGUUAAAUUGGCACUGGCCGGACGCGAGGAAUGCCUUCAGCGGUAA